CUUAAGGCUAUUAGAAACCACUUGUUUGUGUUUGUUUAUUGGCGACUGAAACAUGAUGAUGAUGAGGAGGAGGAGGAUGAUAAUAAUAAUAAUAAAAAUAAAUCCCCUGCUCGUUUGUCUUUUUUUUUCAUACCGGGAUAGAGUAUCACGUACUCACGAGGAGAAGAAGGGAGGGACUGAACCGCAGUAGUGGAGUGAAAAAUGAAUUGAAUCACGUGCUUGACUCUCAUCCCUGUUGGAGCGCUGGGAGCCGUUUGAAUUCACGCUGUGGCGCGAGGGAUUUCAGAUCAGGGAUUAAAGCAGAGGAUGAGAUGAAAACCUGCGAGUCUCGAGAAAAAAAGGACUGGAAUAAAUGACCGGUUUUGACGGUCAUGAUAAUCCUGGUGAACUUUUUGGAGAGAUGGAUCCGAGCAACAGGAGUGCAGCUUACACUUAUGAACUUUACACCGACAUGGCAGCACGAUUGGAUCUGAACUCCACAACCACCCACAUGAGCAAGAAGAUGAUGACAGAUGCAGGCACAUCCACCCUCAGUGCUGACUCUGUCACCUCCAGGCCAGAUGAUGAGUGGCUUCUCGAGUCCUCUCUAAUCUCAGAGUCUCUAGUCUCAGAAGCAGUGUGCGCCUGGGACACCAUGGCCUCGUUUCUGCCCUCUUCUCUGCCAAAAUGUCCAUGUCUCCUGUCACAGUGUUUCACUCCAGAGCUGCUCCAUUCUGGGACACAAGACAGAUCUCAGGAUCCAGACAAAGUUCACAGAAAUCAACUUAGAUCCGGUGAGGAGUGUGAGAGGAGGAGAGCGCGGAGGGAAAGGAACAGAAUAGCAGCAGCUAGAUGUCGGGAUCGUCGACGCAUGCUUACGGACACGUUACAAAACGAGACUGAGGAGUUGGAGCGUGUGAAGGCUCAGUUGGAGGCAGAAAUUGCUGGGCUGGAGAGAGAGAAAGAAAGGCUGGAGUUAGUUCUGGAGGCUCAUAAGCCUGCCUGUAAGAUGAACGGCUCGAAUCCUGAAUAGUCAUCAUUGCUGAACAUGUUCAGAACUGAAUCUGCAGGUUCAGAUCAGUCCUGACAGCUGAUAUUUUAGUUGAAGAAAGAUGAAACCCAAUUAUGUUAACAUAAUACACAUAAAUAACAUAAUAUUUUGCAUGUUGUUUACAAAUAGUACUGAAUAGUACAUUUUAAUUACUCUGAUUUUAAAGAAAUCCCAGUUUUUCAGUCUAAAUAGUUUAGAAAUUUAAUAAUCAAAAUUUUAGCCACCCCAUUUAAUAUGAACUUGUAUAUUUAGGUCAGCAUGGCCUGUCUUACAAGAGUCUAUGAAACAGCUAUUUGUUAAUCUUAGUGUUCUUUUUGGUCCAUACUGAGUCUUUAAUGUCACAAAUUCAUCUAUGUCCAUUUUCAAAUUUAUUUUAAAAAUUGGAUAUUGCAUGAACCCUUGGCCAAAAUGCUUUUCUGGACAUUUUACUUCUAUGUCUUAUCUUGCCUGGUGCUGGAAAAGACAAUUACAGGCACAUAAUCACAAUAGACAUACCUGCAACAUGACAUACUGUAUAUGUGGCCAGUAACUUCUGCCAGUGAAACACAAUAAAGAUAUUUAGUCGAUA